AUGAAAGUAAAAGAACGCAAUCCUGAAGCCUGUGAGGUCUGCCGCCACCGAAAACGAAGAUGCUAUGAAGGUAUAAAAGGAGAGAAGUCAUGCCAUUACUGUACUAAUAGUGGAAAGAAUUGCUCUUAUCUCUUUGAAAGUAUAGAACAUCCAAUCGAAGCUAUGGGAAGUUCACCAAGUUCUUCCGCUACCCAAUCGACAUCAAAUACAAAUCUAUUAGAAAACCGUCAAUCUCUGAAUAAUAUCUUACAAUUGAAUUACUCAGAUGGAUCAGAUAUAUUACAAGGUGAAAACCAAAAUCCAUGCCCUAUUUGA